UGAAAAAUAUCGUGCAUUUCAACGUUUUACGGAAAACGCAAUUUAGUAACCCGAAAAGCAAAAGAAUCACCUCAGUCCAUCCUCCUCUAUUCGUACCAGUAACUCAGUAAGGCAGUAACCACUGAAGGCGGCUGAAAAUCUAAUGUCGAACGACUGCGAGAAGAUGAAGGUAGAAGAAGAAGAAGACGAACAAAUUGUAACUCCAUGGGAAGUAUCUGCAAAAGAAGGUGGCAAAAUCGAUUACGAUAAACUUAUCGAUCAAUUUGGUUGUCAACGUCUUGAUUCUGCUCUUAUUCAACGCUUUGAACGUCUAACGCGUCGUCCUGCUCACGUCUUCCUUCGUCGCGGUGUCUUCUUUGCUCAUCGUGAUUUGAGUGAGAUACUUGAUGCGUAUGAAAGAGGUGAUAAGUUUUACUUGUAUACUGGUCGAGGACCUUCUUCUGAAGCGUUGCAUUUAGGGCAUUUGGUCCCUUUCAUGUUCACCAAGUACCUCCAGGAUGCUUUUAAGGUACCCUUGGUGAUUCAGUUAACUGAUGAUGAGAAAAGCAUGUGGAAGAACUUGUCUGUGGAGGAGAGCAUUAGACUUGCACGUGAGAAUGCUAAGGAUAUCAUUGCCUGUGGAUUUGACGUGUCCAGAACCUUCAUCUUCACUGACUUCAACUAUGUUGGUGGAAAGUUCUUCCAGAACAUGAUCAAGGUUGCCAAGUGUGUGACACUGAACAAGGUUUUUGGUAUAUUUGGUUUUACUAAUGAAGACCACAUUGGCAAAAUAUUUUUUCCGGCAACUGAGGCAGCUCCUGCCUUUUCCAGCUCAUUUCCUCACUUAUUUUCUGGCCAAGAAAAUAUUCGUUGUUUGAUUCCUUGUGCUAUUGACCAGGAUCCUUACUUCAGAAUGGCAAGAGAUGUUGCUCCUCGGAUCGGAUACCAAAAACCUGCUUUAAUCGAGUCUUCCUUCUUCCCUGCACUUCAGGGUGAGGCUGGGAAAAUGUCUGGAAGUGAUCCUAAUUCUGCCAUAUAUGUGACGGAUUCUGCAAAGGACAUUAAGAACAAGGUGAAUCGAUAUGCUUUUUCUGGAGGGCAAGAUUCUAUAGAGAAGCACCGGAAGUAUGGAGCCAAUCUAGAGGUAGACAUACCGGUCAAGUAUCUUGGCUUUUUCUUAGAGGAUGAUGCCGAGCUUGAGCACAUUAGAACAGAUUAUGCUGCUGGGAGGAUGCUGACAGGUGAGGUGAAGCAGCGGCUCAUUGAAGUUUUGACUGUGAUGGUUGAAAGACAUCAACAAGCCCGGGCUGCAGUGACUGAUGAGAUGGUGGAUGCCUUCAUGGCUGUGAGGCCUCUUCCACACAUGUUCGACUGAUGCUAUAAAUCCAAUGAAUCUAUCGCACUGGUGUCAAUUUUGGUAGUGAUUGAAGAGGCAAAUCAUUGACAUGCAGUUAUUUGAUUUUCAGCAUUUUUGUAUUAGUUGUAGUCUUACAUGUACAUCAACAUUGAAUCUCAAUAUUUAAUGCUUCCUCCAUCCCAAAUUAGUUGCACCAUUUGUCUUUUCUGGAAGUUUCAAAUUAGUUGUAAUACUAUUUAUUUGGUUAUUUAGGUUCUUAUUACACGGGUCUCCUUUUUUUA